AUGCUUGUCACCAGACGACGCAGUCCCCCUGCCAUCCCCAUCCCUCCCAUUCGUCUGGAUGGUUUGGCGUUGCCUCUGCUGUCUGCUGUCACCAUUCUUGGCGUUGAAAUAGACAGCAGCCUUUCCUUCACCAGCCACGUCAAAAAGACAGCUGCCAACGCCGCUGGCAAGUUAAGUUGCGUCAGACGAGUUUCACAUCUCAUUGACGCUCGAGGGGUGACCAAUCUCUACGCCGCCCAAGUCCGAUCCGUCAUGGAGUAUGCUCCUCUGACUUGGUCGUCUUGUCCCCCUUCCUACCUUGGCCUCCUUGACAAGGUCCAAGACCGUGCCCGGCGGCUCAUCUCUACUAAGGUUCUCCCAGACGAGCAAGCUCCCCUCCUACAACCUCUACAGCACAGGAGAGAUGUGGCGGGUCUGUGUGCCACCUACAAGAUCCACAAGGAGGGCGCCCCACACCUCUCUGCUCUCCGGCAGCCGUGGGCCGCGCCUCACCCCCACAACACGAGGGAGGCUUGCACGGAGAAUCACCUCACUGUUCCAUUCGCCAGGACGGAGACCUUCCUCCGUUCUUUUGUGCCAAGAUACACUAGGCUUUGGAACAACUUAGUGAGUGAUACAGAUAUACACAAGGUUCCUACUCUUCAGAAAUUUAAGUGUGAGGCUAAUAAAUGGCUAAAAGUGUAA